AGGUACGACCCAUCCUCCACGUGACGGUGAGCUUUACGGUGUGGAUUACAACUUCCUGUCUGUAGAGAUUUCCUGGAGUUGGAACGGAGUGAGGGGUUGCUAGAGAUAGGAACAUAUGAAGCAUAAUAAUUCCUGGUUCCUGGUUGCCUAGGCAACUAUUAUGGGCGCCCUGGCCGCCCAACGAGCCUCUCAGUAGGACAGUGAUUCCCCAUGAUGCGUUGCAACAUAGUUUCACUGGUUCCCAGAAUUCCACAUCCAAGCGCAGCUUGUCUUACAGUCGCAUGCACCAUGCAGGAGUAGAGCAUACACAGCUGCAGGAGGAUGCACACACCACCGCAGGCAUGAACAACACGUUUACAGGAGACUCGAGCCGUCCGGAGGUGCACGGCAUGGUGCGAGAGAAUGCCCCCACCUAUGUGCUGAACAACAUGGCGGCACCCCCAACAGCCACUUCCAAACACCCCCCCACACUACCACCGGACAAGGACCCGCUUGGACCGCUGCCGGACAACUGGGAGAUGGCCUGCACUGAGAACGGAGAGAUCUACUUCAUAGACCACAACACAAAGACGACGUCAUGGAUGGACCCUCGGUGUCAGGACAAACAGCCAAAACCACUGGAGGAGUGUGAGGAUGAUGAAGAGGGUGUACACACAGAAGAACUUGACAACGAUCUUGAACUGCCCCAUGGCUGGGAGAAGAUCGAUGAUCCAGUGUAUGGAGUUUAUUAUGUUGAUCAUAUAAACCGUAAGACUCAGUAUGAGAACCCAGUUCUAGAAGCCCGGCAUAAGAAGCAGCUGGACACAGAGCAGUCACCUGAGGGCGGACGAUACAUCAGAGAAUGGAUAGAGGAGCACUCUUCUGCUGGAGCAGCCAUCAGCUCUUACAUUCCCACUCACCUAGAGACAUACAGAGACCCUCAGAGCAACCCACUGCCUCCACUGGCCCCGGCCCCCAAACGAGGAAAGCCAUUCUUCACACGUAACCCAGCUGAGCUAAAGGGGAUGUUCAUAAGCACUAAGCUGCUGAAGAGCAGGCGUGGUUUCGGUUUUACUGUAGUAGGAGGAGAUGAACCGGAUGAGUUCUUACAGAUCAAGAGUCUGGUGCUGGACGGACCUGCCGCGGUCGAUGGGAAGAUGGAAACAGGUGAUGUCAUCGUGAGUGUGAAUGACACAAUCGUGCUGGGAUACACUCACGCUCAGGUGGUGAAGAUAUUUCAGUUUAUCCCGAUCGGCUCCAUGGUCCAGCUGGAGCUGUGCCGUGGCUACCCGCUGCCCUUUGACCCCGAUGACCCCAACACCAGCCUGGUCACCUCUGUGGCCAUCCACGACAACGAGCCUAUCAUAGUGAACGGUCAGGAGGGGUUCGAGCCCAUCCCUGGCCUGCCUGUUCAGAUGGCAACUGGCGCUUCGACCGCUGGCAUGGCGCCCAGCCACGAGCCCGCACCUUACAUCCCCGCCACGGACACCGCACUGUUAGUGUCUGGCAAUGGCUGCCUCAGCUACGGCAAUGAUGUCGUGACUCUAGCGUCGUCCAUAGCGACACAGCCCGAGCUGAUUACAGUUCACAUCGAGAAGGGCGAUAAAGGCUUCGGCUUCACCAUCGCUGACAGUCUGAUUGGAGGAGGCCAAAAGGUCAAGCAGAUCGUGGAUUACCAGCGAUGCCGAGGGCUGAAGGAGGGAGAUAUCCUGAUGGAGGUGAACAAGAGGAGCGUUCAGGGCAUGAGCCACAACCAGGCGGUGGAUCUCCUCAGCAAAUGCCCACAAGGAGGUGAAGUCUCUAUGCUGGUGCAGAGAGGAGUCCUGCAGCCCAAGAGAAGCCCUAAAGUGCUGCAGUUGGAGAGGAAGGACAGUCAGAGCAGCUCUCAGCACAGUGUGUGCAGUCACCGCAGCACACACACAGACUCGCCUGCUCGUCCAGGUCCCGUCGUGCCCAGCGACACGCUGGUGGCCCCCCCAACCGUACCGCCACCUCCCAACCAGCCUCUGCCCGUGCUGCCCCCCUUUGACCCUCUAGCGGCCAAUGGGACGCUCCAGAAGAAACCGGACCCUUUCAAGAUCUGGGCUCAGUCCAGGAGCAUGUACGAGAGCCGCAUGCCGGAUUCUCAAGAGCAGGACAUUUUCCUGUGGAGGAAAGACACUGGCUUUGGUUUUAGGAUCCUGGGAGGAAACGAACCCGGAGAACCAAUCUACAUCGGGCACAUAGUGAAGUACGGGGCGGCGGAUGAGGACGGGCGUCUGCGGUCUGGAGACGAGCUCAUUUGUGUUGAUGGCACAGCUGUGGUGGGCAAGUCUCAUCAACUGGUGGUUCAACUCAUGCAGCAGGCAGCUAAACAGGGCCACGUCAACCUCACUGUGCGACGCAAGACUAGUUAUGGUGCGUAUAAGGGGGAGGUUGACGUCCCCCCGUCUCCUGCGUCGUCUCAUCACAGCAGCACACAGGCACCGUCGCUCACGGAGGAGAAACGGACGCCGCAGGGCAGCCAGAACUCGCUCAACACUGUCAGCUCUGGGUCGGGCAGCACCAGUGGGAUUGGCAGUGGAGGUGGGGGCGGCAGCGGGAGCACUGUGGUUGCCAUGGCGCCAGCCGCCCUACAGCCCUAUGAUGUUGAGAUCCAACGUGGCGAGAACGAAGGUUUCGGCUUCGUUAUUGUGUCGUCCGUGUCGCGGCCUGACUCUGGAACUACAUUUCCUGGAAACUCGUGUGUGGCCAUGCCUCAUAAAAUAGGUCGCAUCAUCGAGGGCAGUCCCGCAGACCGCUGUGGAAAGCUGAAGGUGGGUGAUCGGAUCCUGGCUGUCAACUGCUGCUCCAUCACCAACAAAUCUCACUCUGAUAUCGUCAACCUGAUCAAAGAGGCCGGCAACACUGUCACGCUGCGAAUCAUACCCGGGGACGAGUCGUCAAACGCCUCACUAUUGACCAAUGCGGAGAAGAUCGCCACCAUCACGACCACACACACAUCACAGAGCAACACAACAUCACAGAGCAACACAGAGCCCAGGAACAACAAACCGAAACAAAUCCAACCAGCAACAUUCAAUCAGGAAGCUGAGUUUUACUCUGUGGAUCUGGAGAGAGACAGUAAAGGUUUCGGCUUCAGUUUGAGAGGAGGGAAGGAGUACAACAUGGAUCUUUAUGUGCUCAGACUGGCUGAGGAUGGAGCCGCCACCAGAAACGGCAAGAUGAGGGUUGGUGAUGAAAUUUUGGAGAUCAAUGGUGAGAGCACCAAAAAUAUGAAGCAUUCUCGUGCCAUUGAGCUGAUCAAGAACGGAGGCAGACAAGCUCGUCUGGUGCUGAAGAGAGGAGAUGGAUCUGUCCCAGAGUAUGACGGGCCCAAUGACAGCUACCCUCCCUCACCCGGGCCACAAAAUUAUUCGGAAGUGAGAACCCUACUGAGUGGCCCGUUUCAUUGUCCAUCCGAGUCCAACUAUACAUCAGAAUUUCACACACCACCCCAAACCACGGAGCACCAGCGGAAAGGCAGAGAGCCUGAGCGAGCAAGAAACCGAGGCAAGGAUGACAACAUGGACCUUUACUCCAGCGCUCAACUCAAUCACACCUGGAACAACAAUCCCAGACCCUCCCCUUCCCCUGACAGCAAAACCAACUCCCGUCGCAAGGUCAAGAAGUCUGAAUCUGAGAGUGGCAUCGCUAAGCUCUUCAAAACAUUGAGGAAGGAGGGUGGAUUCGGGAGGAAAGCAUCCAGUCAGGAUCUAGCGGGGCGAGGCAGCAAACAUGCCGAGUCGCGUAGCAGCACUGGGUCUCAGGUGCGCAGCGGAUCCUUGGAUCGCUCCACCACCCGUAAGCGCAACACCUCUCCAGAACGCCGUAGGGCCAAGUCCAUGGACCGCCGGACACAGCGGUCAUAUAAAGAUCAAUCACCGGAACGAAGCUCGCAAGCCUCUUCCCAGGACUUGCUUUGGCAAAUGUCCACUCCAGAAAGGCACUUCCAACCUCAACAGGACCCCCAAACGCCCAGCAAUAGCUUCAGGAAAGAGGGUUACUUUACGUCCACUCCCGAGAGAUCCCUCAAACCCCAGGCACUUGUUCUAGGACGCACGCCCAAGCACGGUUUAAAAAACAGGAACCUCUUGCACGACAGCUCUCCUUCCAGUCAGGCCGCAAGACCGGGAUAUUUCACCAACGGAAGCUUGGAAAGACACUUUCACAGGAAAUCGGAAAGCAGCAGUGAUGGAAGUUACCUGGAAGAGGGUGCGACUCCACAACUUAAGGAUUAUUACAAUGCAUUGAAAGCCAGCAGCGCAAACGGGACUAAUUUGGGCCAAGGCCUUGCCCAGAACCCUCAGUCUAAGAGACGGCUUUACAAAGAGAACCAUGCGGACCUCAGCAUCUGAGCACUCCACAGGGAUGAACUUCACCAUAGCUGAAGAACCCUCUCUCUAGUUUUCAUUUGUUCCUUGAUUUUUAUGCUGUCAAGAGUGAGAUCCGUGUUUUGUUGAAGAAGCUUUUUUAUUAAAGGCUAUCUUGUUUUGUUCCCCAAUUUUACAUUCCUCAAAUGCACCAGAACUACUAUUCCAAUUGUUGAAGAGCAGAGCACAGGCAUUCAUCGUUUGUAUCUUUGUACAUUUUAUGGACAAAUUUAUGUGUUGCAAAAUCUGAACUCAAACUGCGAUGCUACUGUUUAAUGAAGUAAUAUAUUUAAGCUGUAUAUUUAUUUUGAAAAAAUGUAAACAUAACUUGAUGGGAUGUGCAGAUGAAAACGUAUCAUUUGUUCUUAGUCUACUGUAUGAUAUCUGACAGCAUUUGUCUUCACACUGCACUGGACUGCGGCACGAAGCCGGGCAACAGCAAAAAUGACAAAGCGGGAGGAUAAUAUCUUUGUGGCACAAAUACCUUUUAUUUUGGGGGUUUGCUAUAUUAUAAUUUAGACUUGUGCACAGCUGAGUGAACUUGACCCAACUUUAGCAUUAAUGCUGGUUAUAAUGCAGGAUUAGCUAAACAAACAUCUGAUCAUUAAAUAGAGUCGGGUAAAAAUAUACUAGAUCUAAAUAUACUUACAAUCCAGUGAUCAAUCUUUAACAAAUUGCCUUUUUUAGUGGAUGCGCAAAAAGUUUAGAUUAUUUGUAGCAUGAUUCAGUGGCGGAUCCUGACACACCAACGCUCACACACGAGUAUAUAUUUUAGGCCCAAAAAUAUACUUAACACUAGUACAUGAAUGCUAGCACUUCUAGCUACGCAAGAUCAAUUUUAUGCAUUAUUGCAAUUUGAUGUGUCAGACCGCAAUUUAUAACACAAUGCAAGUAUAUGUGGCAUUCUCAGCAUGCCACUGUCUUAAGGGGCACUAUAGUGGAAACUAUCUUCUUCUGUGGUCAGUUUGGUCUCUUUCUGGUCAAAAAAUGUCAGAACAGAAUUAUAGUUUUAAAUAGAAUCUUGCUGAGCAAUUUAGUUAAAGUUAGUUAAACUGGCAACAAGUUUACAGCUAGCAACCUGAAUCAUACCAAGAUACCAGAUUAAUCUGGAUUAACUGCUCAGAUUUGAAGGUGACCUUAUCGCCCCCUUGAGUACUGAGGUUUGUAACUGUCUGUUAAAUAUCUACAACAGGACUCCACACUGGCAAUGCGCCAGCCUAGCAUUCAAGACUGUGUUGCAUACUUGCAUUUAGUGUGCUUCUGCCCAUUUUUUAAUGAAAAUCACAUUGGCAAGAAGGAACAAUGAACUAAUUAAUACAGACCUGUUGAAUUAAAUUGAAUCAAAAUCUGAUUUGAAUUGCAAAUUUGUCUAUCGAAUCAAAAUCAUUGAUGAUAUUCAACCCUAUCGCUGAAAUACAGUAUUUCAAAAGCGAGCGUACUGUUUAAUUUUAGUACAUGCUAUUUUUUGUGGCUGUUUGAGUAUUUUUUCACCAUGGAUGCUUUCAAAUGUUGGUUUUCGCACCAAAAUGGACACUUUUACGUCUAUGAAGUGUAGAACCAAAGGCAGGCCUGAUUGAGAUAAUCAUCUCUGGAAAUGUGUUAAUGAUGUGGGAUGUCCAAGCAGCAUACCCUUUCUGCAAGACAGCUUCGCAAAAAUGUCACCUGCCGCAAUCUGCCACACUGAGCCGUACCGUGUUUUCUGUCUCGCGAUUGAAAGCGACGGAGGUAAAGCUAUACGUAUACGAAUGAUCAAUUUUGACACUCUUUAAACUCUCAAACGGUUAAAAGAACUGGGGAUUCCUUAACUGUCAUCUUAAAAGUACUGUAUCAAAAUGAGGAACGAAUACACCACGAUCUUUUGUACAGACUUUUACUACUGUAUGUACUUCUAACCUGUGUAGUAAGGAUAACAUUGCCUUUGUACAAAAGAGAAUUUAUGAAAGAUGUCCACCUAGAGGAAGAUGCUAACAUGUUUAUACUCUGCACACAGGGACCGUGGAUAACGUGUCAUUUGUACUCAGAAAAUCAAGCAUGUGUAAAGAUGUUUGGGUUUUUUUCAGGAUGGAUGGGAAUUGAAAUUUGACACUGAUUGGAUGUAAUU